UUGUUCUUAUUUAAGUCGUUUUAUUAAUUAAUCAACUACCAAUAGGUCUUAAUUAAAUUCAAGAAUAUGUUUUUUCUCCGAUGGGCUAAACUUCUUGGAAAGCAACAUUUUUAUCCUUCUUACCUGUGCAGAUGUAACUAUAACAAAUCUCGACUUGAAUUAAAAGAAAAGUUAAAAAAAGGGCCUGAUUUAAAAGAUUUCAUUCUUGCUUCUUCUGGAAUUAAUCAACCCACAAAUUUAGUUCCCCCAGAAAUACCUUACUUAUCAAAUGUUCAUAAAAAUGAAUCGAGAAAAGUUUUCUUCGAUGUGUACGGUUGUCAGAUGAAUCUAAACGAUACUGAAAUUGUAUGGUCUAUUUUGAAGAAAAGUGGAUUCGAGAAGACGGAACUGGAGGAAGAAGCUGACAUAUUCCUCGUUAUGACGUGCGCAGUUAGAGAAGGUGCAGAGAGCAAGAUUUGGCAUCGAUUAGAUCAUUUGCGGGGAUUCAAAAGGCGACGUGCGAUUUCAAAAAAUAAAAAUAAGCCUGUUAAAAUUGGGAUAUUGGGCUGUAUGGCGGAACGAUUGAAAGAGAAGUUAAUUGAGAAGGAAAAAGCUGUAGAUGUUGUUGCAGGACCUGACAGUUACCGAGACUUGCCCAGGUUACUGGCACUAACAGAGAAUGGGCAGACUGCUGUCAACGUAUUACUAUCACUGGAUGAAACCUAUGCAGAUGUAAUGCCAGUCAGCUUGAACCAGAAUAAUGUAUCUGCAUUUGUAUCAAUAAUGCGUGGCUGUGACAAUAUGUGUACUUACUGCAUAGUGCCAUUUACAAGAGGUCGCGAGAGGUCAAGACCUGUGACUUCUCUGCUAGAAGAGGUGAGACAUUUGGCGGGAAGAGGUGUUAAAGAGGUCACUUUGUUGGGUCAAAAUGUUAAUAGCUACAGAGAUAUAACUGAACAAUCAGAACCUUCCGCUACACAAUUAGCUAAAGGUUUCAAGACAGUGUACAAGAGUAAGAAAGGUGGCCUAAGAUUUGCAGAUCUAUUAGACAAGGUGUCAGCUAUUGAUCCUGAAAUGAGAAUAAGGUUCACGGCUGCACAUCCUAAAGAUUUUCCUGAUGAGGUGCUAGAAGUUAUAUCAGAGCGAGCUAACAUCUGCAAGCUGCUGCACUUACCUGCGCAGUCAGGGUCCAGCACAGUGCUGGAGAGGAUGAGACGAGGAUACACGCGCGAGGCAUAUUUGGAACUUGUGGAGACUGUUAAAGAAAAGAUUCCUGGUGUGGGUCUAUCAACAGACAUGAUAUGUGGCUUCUGCGGAGAGACGGAGGAAGAAUUUCAAGAAACAUUGUCAUUAAUGGAGACAGUUGAUUACAAUAUAGCAUUUCUAUUCCCUUACAGUAUGCGAGAGAAAACUACAGCAUAUCGGCGUUAUAAAGAUGAUGUACCGGAAGAUGUGAAAAAAGAUAGACACAAUCGUAUGUUGGAAAUUUAUAGAAGAAAAUGUCAGGCGUUAAACGAAGCUGAGAUCGGGAAUGUUCAUUUAGUUCUAGUUGAGGGUACUUUGAAAAAGACAGGUCAGAUAAUGGGUAGGAAUGAAUUUUAUAUCAAAGUCGUGUUCGAUCAAGCGGAUGUUUUGUCAGAAGAUGGCGGGAAAAGGUUGAUUAAACCUGGGGAUUAUGUUGCGGUUAAAAUAACAGCGGCCAGAUCAUCUGUGAUGACUGGCAUACCUUUAUAUCACACUAGUAUACGUCACUUUUAUAAUGAAGUGAGUUGGAGUGAACGAAGUUUGAGAAACCAUAGAGUAAGUGAAUGA